UUGGCUUAAUGGCCGAUUUAACGGUCUGUUAAAUAAAUCUAGUAAUCAGCUAACAAGACGUUUUCGAUUGAAACUUUUUAUUUACCUGCCAAUUACUGUUGAUAAGUGUAUUUUAUAUGUAAAUAUAAUGGAUAAAGGUAAAAGAAACCGUACUCGUAAUUACAGUGAACGAGAAAAGUGUCUUUUGCUUGCACUGGUCAAAGAAUUUUCUCAUAUUAUUGAUAAUAAAGCAACAGAUGCAUCCACUGUCCGCUUGAAGAACCAAACUUGGUUGCAAAUAACAGAUAAGUAUAAUGUAGAAGCUGAUUCGGGUGAGCGCAGAGUAGAUCAACUUAAGACACUGUAUGAUAAUUUGAAGAGAAAAGCCCGGAAAGGAAUUGGUUUUGAAAAUACAGAGAUGUAUACAUCUAAUAUGGAUCACCCACAAAUUGUCAGGAUACAAGCAGCUCUGGAUGAAAAAGAACUUAGAGAAAAUUCUAAGGUGGAUCUGCUUCCAGAGUCUGAUGGACAAAGGUUGACAUUUUUAAAUGAGCAAUUUUCAACACUAACAAAUUCCUAUGAGGAUAAAAUGUUUCACAGAAGGAGAAAGAACUGCAGUAGGAGAAUAGAGAACAGUGAGCAUUUGAAAAGGUUGUAUUUCAGAAAGAAAUUGCAGAUUGCGCAACUGGAAUAUAUUUCUAAAAGGAAACUACAUUUGCUGGAUGUGCAGAUAAAGAGAUUGGAAAUAGAUAUCUUAAGAAAGAGAAGCGCUAUCCUAGAUUUAUAAUGUGUUGUUAAGUUGAAGUGAGUUAUGUUGUUUGUUUUCUGUUAGCAAUAAUAAAUUUUAUCAAAAUUUAUUAUUCCAAAUAUGUUCAAAAGUAAUUGACUGUGAAAUUUACAUUCUCUAAAUUAUAUU